GGAAGGUAGAAAACCAAAUAUUUCCUAUUUCAAAGUUUUUGGGUGUAAAUGCUAUAUUUUGAAUACCAAAGAUCAUUUAGGCAAAUUUGAGCCUAAAUCAAAUGAAGGAAUUUUCCUUGGUUAUUCAACAAAUAGUAGAGCCUAUAGGGUAUAUAAUAAAUCAAAUCAUAAAGUAGAAGAAUCUAUGCAUGUAAAAUUUGAUGAAACCGAUCCCUUUGGGUCGGGUAAGGUAAUUGCAGGUUCAAAUGAAGAAGAAGAGGAAGAGGAAAUCCUGGAAAUUCCUGCGCAAGAAGAAGAAAGUGCAAAGAAGGAACUACCAAAGGCAUACAAACACUUGAAGAAUCAUCCAAGAGACACUAUCAUUGGAGAUAUUGAAAAGGGAGUUAGAACUAGGAACAAUUACAAUCUUUGUGCACACUAUGCGUUUGGGUGGAUUUCCGACUCACAAGACUUCAACGCGGAUUUUUGCCUACGUGUUCUCAACAAUAUUGCUCUUGACCAUGUCUUUGAGGACCCGGACUAUUUCCUUCGUCGGCCCAAUGUCCAAGACUUGACAACAAAUCGUUUCAUUCUUCUCAAAAUCCUCAAGGAAAAUGUCAUCCCCGUCCUUAACAAAGAUAAACAAGUUGGGAUUUAUGAGUGUACUCUUCUUUACCUCCUCCUCACUCACAAGAAAAUCAAUCUCCCAUCCAUCAUCAUCCAACACAUGUACGAGAGCUCGGGUCGCCAAAACAAACCCUAUGGCAUGCUUCUUACCCACAUCUUUGCCAAGAAGGAAAUUCUUGAAGUGCGCCCGUCCCGCGUCCGCUAUCUUGAUGCGGAGUGCCUUGGGUAUUGUGGCCUCGUAAAGAUCGGAGAGGAAUACUACAUGAAGAAAGAAUUCCAAAAGCUUGAUGCGGCGACACGAGCGGAGUAUGGUCCUCGGCGUUCCAUGUCAUCUUUGCCUUCCACUUCACGAGCACCCCAAGACGAAGCCAUAGAAAAUGCCAACACGGAAGUCCCCGUUCGUGCUCCUCGGGUCAAACACUCAAAGUCAGCGUCUCAUGCUUCCUCGGCCUCUCUCAUGCAUCGUCACUCUCACAUGGCUUCAACUUCCAAAAAUCCCUUUAAGAAGUUCAAGAAAUUCAUCCUCAAGACCGUAGUGGCUCCGAUGAGGAAACUUCAAGAAAGCCUCGAUGACCUCUCGGAUCGGAUGAAGAAGAUGGAGAACCGUGAGAAUCGCCAAAAGAAAAAUGAGGAUCGAGCUUCUAGACGUCGUCGCUAAGUAUUGAGCAUUUGACAAAAUGAUCAAACAUUCACUUAUCUAUGUUUUUUUUAAAAAAAUUAUUAUGUAUUUUGUUUUAUGUUUCAAACUCCUAUCAUGUCUUAUGUUUAAAAGUCGUACUAAUGCACUUUUAUGAUUGUUAACCCCUUUAUGAUUAUGCUUAUGGUUCACUUGCAUCCCUAUGUGUUGAAACUCAUGUUUUUGGUACCCCACCUUUUUGAAUGUUGCCAAAAGGGGGAGAAAUAUUAGGCUUUCAUAUGCAUACAUUUAGGGGGAGUUUUUAUCAAAAUAUCACGUGCAUCAACUUAGGGAGAGUUUUAAAAUCAAUAUAUGCUUUUCACGAUAUGUUUGUGCGUUUGAUUAUUAUAUUCGAAAUCAUUAUUUGUCAACAUCAAAAAGGGGGAGAUUGUUGGCCUUGAAUGUCGUACCCCGUAACCAUUUUGAUGUGCCAAAUAAGUCUUCCAAUGCUACUAACAUCAUUUGCAGGAUUAAACCAAACGCCAAACCUCUAUUAGCUCUUUUAGCAUCACCGAGAUGUACUCCUACGAGCUUAGAAAUAUUUGUGUAAAGGUAACGAUAUAUUAUAAUGACUUACUUAUGCCCUUUCACUCAAAAAGUAUUUCUAAACUAUCAAAUAUAUUCUUAGUUGGGUUAUUUUGAAAACGGAACACAAAAACGAGUUUAGUAAAAAUUGCACAGGUCUAACGGUACCUGGCUACCGUGUACACGGUACCAGGGUACUGCCGGUAGCCAAGUGAACGUACCGUUGUACGUUUCACCUGGGUGGUACACGGUACCCCCCUACCGUGACAACGGUACCUGGGUACCGUCGGUAGGCUGGGGAAGGUUGGCCAGACCGUUUGAACCUAGAUACUGCCAGAGCCGAACCAAUUUUAUGGCUUAAACGGUACCCCCUAACGGUAGGCUGUACCGUGUGUCACGGUACCUAGGUACCGGACGGUACUGACCCUACCGUGAAGGGUACCGUAUCCGUUGGCAGCACUGUAGCAAAUUGCCAAUUUAAAUUUAAAUCACCCCUAAUCACUUCCUAACGGCAUUUAACGUUAAAAACUCAAAUUUUAACAUUCCAAACUCCUAUAUAAACCCCCUCUAAGUCUCAUUUUAUGUACAACAACUUCUCAAUUAAAUCUAAAGCCUCUUUCUCUAAUUCUUGAGUGUUCUUAAAGCUUUGUUCUUAUUUUUCUUACUUCUUUGAGUAAAAAAAAGCUCUCAUCUUUUUAUACACUCACACACAAGGGCAUUUGUGCUUCAUUAUUUUAUAUCUUGCCUAUAGGCUUUUGUUAUUGUUGAUUUAAUCUUUUGUUCUUCUCCUACCCAAUUCAUAUUUGUUAUUAUUUUGGUAGAGAAGCAACACCAAUCUUUUAUUGAUUUGUAAAAGGUGUGGAUAGCCUUUAAAUCCUCAUUGUAAGGUUGAAGAUAGCCUUAAAAUCUUCGGUUGUAAACGGUUGAGAAAGCCGUAGUAAAAUCUCGUUUGCUUA